CGUCUCCGCAGGUGGGGCCACCGCGCAUUUAGAACAUGACCAUGUUCUAGAACUGGUGUGUUUGUAGGAAAUCAAAUUCUAAAAGGACUCGCCUUUGGUUUAGCUUUAGCCACAAACCCCGUUUAUUCAUGUAAUAUUCCUUUGGAAUCCUGGCGAUACGUUUAGCUGCUCUGCUUAGCCUUCACACAAAAUUCUUCUGGCUAUAAAAUCCCCCUUUCCCUUCUCAUUAUUUUCCUCACACCAAAACCCAACAAUUCCUUUCGUUCUUUCGCCACUUCCGCCAAAAAAAAAAAAAAGGAAAAAAAAAAGAGCCAUUCUUGAUUUCUUUCUUGUUACACCUUAACUACAGAAAAACAGAGCAACUCUGCAUCAAUAUGGCUGAUAUUAUUGUCGUUUUCGACUUCGACAAGACCAUCAUAGAAUGCGACAGCGACAACUGGGUCGUCGAAGAGUUGGGCUACACAGAUCUCUUCAACCAACUUCUUCCCACCAUGCCAUGGAACUCUCUCAUGGAUAGGAUGAUGAAGGAGCUUCAUGAACUAGGAAAGACCAUUGAAGACAUUGUGGAGGUCCUUAAAAGGACUCCUAUACAUCCACGAGUUGUCCCCGCCAUUACAGCUGCUCAUGCUCUUGGGUGUGAUUUGAGGAUUGUUAGUGACGCAAAUCUAUUUUUCAUUGAGACGAUUUUGGAGCAUCUCGGGUUGAGGGAUUGCUUCUCGGAGAUCAACACUAACCCUGGCUUUGUUGAUGAGGAAGGAAGGCUGAGGAUUUUGCCUUUCCAUGAUUUCAACAAGGGCUCUCAUGGCUGCCCCGGCCUCUGUCCUCCAAACAUGUGCAAGGGGGUGAUUCUAGAAAGAAUCCAAGCUUCUCUCGCCGAGGGAAACAAAAGACUCAUCUAUCUUGGUGAUGGCGUUGGCGAUUACUGCCCAAGUUUGAGGCUCAAAGAGGCAGAUUUUGUCAUGCCAAGGAAGAAUUUCCCAGUAUGGGACUUGAUUUCCAAAAACCCGUUGCUAAUCAAGGCGAAAAUCCACGAAUGGACCGACGGCGAAGAGCUUGAGAAGAUUCUGUUAAGCCUAAUUGAGACAAUUUCAUUUGAGAAGAAUGCUGCUGCUUUCAUCUCAACAGAUUACAGGUUGCCAACCAUCCCAGUUUCUGCCUUACCUAAAGUCCUCCCAGUUCAACAGUAGAUUCAUAGUAAAGUCGAUAUGAUUGCUUCAAUGUUUGGCAAAAGUGCCAAACCGAAAGGCACAGAUUCAAUAACUCUUAGUGUUCUUUCUCUCUCUCUUUCUUUCUUUUUUUUCCACUUAAUUUCCUUUUGGGAUAUAGAGAUAAGGUUUCGAGUCUGUGCCAUUUUUUACUGACCAUCUACAAGUGAUAUUUUCAUAUAAUGUAAAGUAAGGUUUGCUUUCAUAUUUUCCGGUUUCAAUUGAGU